AUGGAUCAUUGGCUGUGGAUCAUUCUGGCUGCUCUUUUCUUUGGUAAGAAAACUCAACGUUUCCUCUCAACACUCUUUCUACACAGUUACACAUGAACGGAUCUUUAUUUGGCUUCUGCAAAUUUACACUGAAACCUACUGAUGGUUCUCCUACAGUCUCCUGAGUUUACUGAUCAUCUCUUCUUCUGCUUGUUUUCUUCUUCCUCAGAGUGUAAAGGACAAGACUCAGUGACCCAGACAGAGGGAGAAAUCUCUGCUUUUGAAGGACACACAGUGACACUCGACUGUACAUUCGAGACAAGUAGAACAGUUCCAACAUUGUUCUGGUAUCGACAGGAUCUUCAGGAUUUCCCAAAGUACAUGCUGAAAUCUUACUCAGAAACAACAGAAUUUUCUUCUGAGUCUGACAAAGACAGAUUCAAUGCGACAAUUAAGGGGAAAUCAGUAAAUCUGGAGAUCCAGAACCUUCAUCUGUCUGACUCUGCUGUGUACUACUGUGCUCUGCAGCCCACAGUGACAGGAAACACCAAAGCUCUCUACAAAAACCUUCGAAAACACAAUACUCCACAACAUCCACUAGAGGGAGUCACACCCUGUUAA